AUGGCGUCACUGACCGACAUCCUUGGCAAUCACUUCCCCGACCUGCUGAAAGGAGACCAGGGCUCGCCGUUCAAGCCGAAACAACUCGAGGAGGACGUGCGAUUGCGGCCGGCCGACGAUCAGUCGCGGGUGAUCAUGAAGUUCGAGGAGAAACGUCUGCUGCUCCAGUCCAUUUGUGACCGGAAAGAAGCGCUGUUCGGCCCGAAUGCGGCCAAGAUGAAGCCGGCGCAGAAGCAAGCGCUUUGGGAGGAGGUGAUCGACACAUUCCGACACAAUUGCCCCGACUCCACGGCCGAAUUGUCCAGCGGCUAUGUGCGUGGGAUUUUCUGGCAGAACCUGCGGAAGCGAACGCUGGCGAAGAAGGAGAGAGCUAUGACCGAUGAGAACGUCAAGUUCGAUGAGGUAAGUCGGUCUUUUAUAUUACUUUAGCCAUCAAUGUUUCGCAACAGAAAUUCCAGAAAAUCCGUCAUCGGUGGUGUGGAAGAUUCGUAUUUUAGACUGUCCAAUUGUGCGAGUAGAUUGCGUAGACCAUGUGCACAUAAAAUCUUUUGAAUUUGUCUAUCAGAAUCUAAGUUUAAAGUCGUCAUUAUGACGGGUUUUUUGGAUUUUCUCAGCAACUUCUCUUUUUUCGCAGCAAAACGUUUUUUUUUUGACAUUCGGUAAACAAUGUCCACCAUGGAAGAGGUAGGGGGUUGUGGUGCAGGUUUAAACAAAGUAACUGUUACAAAAUUAAUGAGAAUUUAUAAAUUUUUCGUUUUGAUCUACUACAAUAUAAUUUUAGCUCGAUGAACUGGUCGCACAGAUCCUCGGCGACAAAAUGGCCACUCCUCCAGCCAGUAUGACUCAUUCCGAACCUCCGACCACCUUGAAUUACCAGAACAUCUCCGACAUUCUACUGCCAGUGCUGAAGGAUACCUUCUACAACUAUCAGAUGAAUAACCAUGACGAUGCUCCCGGAUCUCCAGCUCCCACCCUGAACAAUGUCAAUCUCGACUACUCCAAGCUGACUCCACACAAUAAUAACGAAGAGAGGGCACCGAAACGACCAUUCGAAUUCGAUGUUCCGAGCUCGUCGGAAGAUCCGCCAGAGCUGAAAAGGGCCAAACUGAAUACUCCACAGGUGGGAUAACGACUUUCUUUUGUUUGUUUGAGCUUUUUUAGAGUCUUCUUGAACUGUUGCGUUCGCUUUCCCACCGGAAUUCUCGUCUUUUCAACGAGUUUUGACCAAUUUACCUUACUUUACCUUCAGACUGCCCUGGCCGAAGCUCGAUUGUCCAAUAUCACGGCGGAAACCGAGAAGAUCAAGGCCGAAACCCGCCUCCUCGAACUGAAAUAUGUCUUGGAGUGCAAGAAGAACAAUCUGAGGCCGGAGCGCCUCUCCGACGGACGGCUGGCGUUCAUUUUGACGGAUCUGGAGAGCAAGAUGAGCGAAGCCAACAGUCAAUCGCCGGUCAGCUCGGACAACCUCGAAAUCGAUGAGCAUUAG